UAAUUUAUGCCGGGGUUAGCUCCACCCAUCCAUGGAUUCGCUACGGAACAUGCUCGCUCCCCCCUCCUCCGCCUCCGCCUCCGACGAAGAGGGAAUCAAGAAUCAAGUUCUAAUCCCACGGCAAAAGGGAGCUUUUCGGAAGCUCCUGGCGUUUUUGGGCCCCGGUUUCUUGGUGUGCAUUGCUUACAUUGAUCCCGCUAAUUUUGAAAGCGAUCUCCAAUCUGGAGCACAGUACAGAUAUGAGCUCUUGUGGGUUGUGCUCUUUGCGUCCGUGGCUGGAUUGAUCAUUCAAUCGCUCGCUGCCAACUUGGGAGUUGUAACUGGGAGGCAUCUAGCGGAGCACUGCAGGACUGAGUACCCGCGGCUAGUGAAAUACGUGUUAUGGAUUCUAGCCGAGGUGACGAUCAUCGCAUCGGACAUUCCCGAAGUGAUCGGCACCGCAUUCGCAUUGAACAUGCUUUUCAGCAUACCGCUUUGGAUCGGAGUUCUUCUCACCGGAGUGAGCACGCUGCUUUUGCUUGCGUUGCAACAAUAUGGAGUCAGGAAGCUGGAGUUCGUGGUGGCUCUCUUUGUUUUUGUCAUGGUCGGCUGCUUCUUUGCGGAGCUGGGCUAUGCCAAGCCGGAAGCUAGUGAAGUGCUCAAGGGGUUUAUACCGAGAUUGAGCGGCCAUGGCGCAACUGGAAUCGCAAUCUCUUUGCUCGGCGCGAUGAUCAUGCCGCAUAACCUUUACCUCCAUUCCGCGCUGGUACUAACUCGAAAAAUCCAUCGAUCGGAGGAAGCUAUCAAGGAAGGAUGUAGAUACUACCUUUUGGAGUGUGGAUUCGCCAUCUUCCUCUCCUUCCUUAUCAACGUCUGUGUCAUCUCUGUAAGCGCGACGGUGUGCUUCAGGCCGGAUCUCUCUCCAGAAGACAGAGACAAGUGCUCCGACUUGGACCUCAACCAGGCCUCCUUUUUGCUUCGCAACGUUCUCGGGCAAUGGAGCAAAGUCAUAUUCGCAGUGGCGCUCCUGGCAUCUGGAGAGAGCUCCACCAUCACGGGGACUUACGCGGGGCAGUACGUGAUGCAAGGCUUCCUCAACCUCCGGCUCAAACCAUGGAUGAGAAACUUGCUCACUCGCAGCGUUGCCAUUGUUCCCAGCUUGGUGGUCGCUCUUAUCGGAGGCUCCCGGAGCGCUGGACAACUGAUCAUAGUUUGCUCGAUGAUCCUAUCGUUCGUGCUGCCAUUCGUGCUAAUUCCACUCCUGCGUUUCACAGGCAGCAAGCUCAAAAUGGGAGCACACGUAAACUCUCUCGGGAUUAUGAUCGUCACUGGUUUCAUCGGUGGCUGCGUGAUGACUGUCAAUGUCUACUUCCUCGUCUCGGCUUUCGUGAAGUGGCUGAUAUCGAGCCACACUCUCCUGGCGGGGCGUGUUAUUCUCGGCAUGAUCGUCUUCUCCCUGACGCUGCUAUAUCUCCUCUUCAUCGCUUAUCUCAGCUUGCGGCCCCUCUCGGACACAGCGUGCUUCCCAGACCCGGCCGAGACGAAGGACCUCGAGAGCGAGGUGCUGGAGGAUGAAAAGGCGGCCGCGCAAGUCUUGAACCGGACAGACAUCUUGAAAAUGCAGCUCCCGGGGGAUGUGCUCGCGGAAGACUCCGAGUGAAGAUCAUCUCAUCCUUCCGCCCUCUAGGACGUCGAUCAUGUUGUACAGCCGCUUCUCUGACUUCUCUUGGAUCUGAAAGCGGGGGAAAAUCUCACUUUUAACAGGAAGGCAAGGAAAAUGACAAAAAAGAACUUUGCACCUUCUUAGAUAGGAACAAGACGGCAUCAACUGUUCCCUGAGCGUAGAUACUUCGGCCACAAACAUUGUGCUUGAAUUCAAAGAAAACACUGCAAAAGAGAUCAAUCAAAAGAAUUUUUUUUU